UCUCUAUCGCAGCGAUGGGGCACCAGCUCGGUCGUCUUUGGCGCUGCGGCAGGCACUGCUGCCCUCUUGCUACUUUCGGUGACACCCUUAAUCAAGCGCGAUAUUCUCGUCAAGGUUCCGGUGCUCGGAAACUACUACGAGGACAAGAUACCCGCGUGCGACAAGCCCUUCUAG